AUGAAUGUCAAAUCGGAGAUUAUGGUACCGACAUCGAGCCCAAAACCGAUCCUCUCAGAGGAUCGGUUUGAUGUGGUUUUCGUAAAUCCGGCGUUGACUGAAAAUCCCACCUUUGUCACUGCCAUUGAGCGUGCAAGUGGCACAGUGUGGGGACAGUCUCUGAUUUGAUGGUGCUGGAGCCGUUCUUUUCAAAAUUUCUGGUGUAGUUGAGAGGCAAAGAUAGCGAAAGGGAUCGACUGGAGGACUUCGCUUUGGAAUGUACCGAAGAGGAGAAACAGACGAUCAAAUGGAUCAGAAGGGAAACCCAGAUCCGCUCCCUCAUUUGGUCUGCUUCUGCAUGCGCAACAUCUUAUUUCGCCCUGCGUCGUUGCAAGAUCCAGAUCCGCUCCCUCGAUUUGACCUUGCUCAUGCCUGUCACGAAAGAUAUCGAACCGUUGCCUCAUUUUCCGCAAAGGAUAGCCUGGAUGUGGUCUAUCAUGCUCCUGUGGGCGUUUCUUGAUGGAUCGAACAUGGCAAAUUGCUGUUUGCUAUGUAAUAGUUAG